AUGGAACGGUUCAACGACGAGCAGUACGUGCGGCUGCGGAACCGCAAGCUCGGCAAGUACUACCUCCACGCCGACGACGACGGGGUGGGCGUCUCCAUCAGCCAGCGCCGCAACUCGCUGAACGUGGCGUGGAGGGUGCACAUCUACCACGCCGCCGACGGCCCGUACCUGCUCCUCCACAGCGCCGCCUACGGCCGCUACCUCGCCGCCACGGCCACGCCGGCGACGGCCUUGUACCACGGCUUCCGCGCCGAGCUGCGCGACUACGACCAUCCGGUGGUGCCGGAUAUCAUGUGGCUGGACAUCAGGGCGGGGCUGGGGCGUGGCGUGCUGCUCCAAAACGCUGGCGACCGCUACCUCCGCGCCAACGGCAAGUACCUCAGCUGGAACUCCGGCGUCACCGUCGAGAACAGAGAUAUUGAGAAUGGGAAGGUCAGCUCCAUGAUGCGCUGGAUCGUCGAGCCCAUCGCCCUCACAGAGCGCGCGCCUCGCAUUCCAGACCCGAUUCGGGCCCGCCUCCCUGAAGACCUCUCCGUCGUCGUGUUAGGGCGCCAGCCAGGGGCGUGGCGGGGGAUUCGGUUCGUGCAAACGAGCAACGAGGGGCUCUACAACGAGGCCGGGCAAGGCUGGGCCGGAGACCAUAUCAGGGGGAGGUCCUUGUACUACCUGAGGGACAAGCUGGCUAGACGGGUCAACCAGCAGCCCGACCGCAUCGCCAUGUGCAUCCGAGCGGGCUGCUACGGGAGGCUGACCCCACUCGUCGUCGACCUGCCCCGCAGUGGCUGGGGCGACAUCUACCAGAUCGUCGUCAUCAUCUCCGGGACCCCUGGUGAGAGCCUCUCUCCAUGUCACAACUUCCUAAUGAGAGUGAACCGGUAG